GCCUUGUAACGAGAAGAUCUAUGUAACGCAUUACAGUUUGUCACGUUUUGAUGUUGUGAGACGGAGACGGUCAAGCUGCCGGUAUAAAGGUUCAAAAUCCACCGUAAAUAUGGAGAAAAACGGAUGUAUAAAUCAUGCCAGCGGCAAUCAUUUCAUCGAGAGGAAACCGGCCAAGGAUCCCCGACUAUUUCGACUGGAAUUCUGCCCUCCAUGGUUGCAAUUCAACAAAUAUAUUCUGGGAGGAUAUCGCUGCCAUUUGUCCACAAGUCAAUGUGUGGAGAGCUUGUUCUACAUUCACAAUGAAACAUUUAAUAUUUAUUCUCAUGGUAUUCCUUGUGUAUUGCUAUUGGUUCUUAUCCCAAUGACGGCAAGUCAAGCUUGUCUAGAAAGUCCAGUUUGGUUUUUGCUACAUUACUUUGCAUGCUUCGCUCCAUUUUUUGCAAGUCCGAUUUAUCAUUUAUUUAUGUGUCAUCAAAAUGGCCAAGAUGCUUAUCACAAACUGCUCACCUUUGAUGUCUGUGGAGUCUGGGCGAUUAAUGCUUUUGGUGGCCUUUGUGGAAUCAGAGCAACAUUUCAUUGCCUUCCAUUUUUGGGUUCCUUAUCUGUAGCAUUCUACAUAAUGGUUUCCUUGUUAUCUGUAUAUUUCAUUCUGGUAGCAAGUAGUCCCAAAGAAAGAUUCAAGCCGUUAAUGCUGUUUGGACUAAUGAGAUACUUCUUUGUCGCAGUCCGUAUCUUGCUGUAUACCUUUGAUAUUUCUAAAUGCAGUAUCAGUGCUUUGCCAUAUUACCUCUCUAUGGAUUUCUUGGCUUUUAUCGGUGGAGCGCUGAAUGUUGCUAGGAUACCAGAAAGGUGGUUUCCUGGAAAAUUUGACAUCAUUGGUAACAGUCACCAGAUUAUGCAUGUGAUAACCGUGCUGAGCGCUGUUUGCUUGCAUAUUGGAUCUGUAAAAGAUUUCAACUGGAUGCAAGGAGCCAUUUGUGAAGACAUGUAGCUUGAAAUUGUGAAAGUCUGUCACAUAUGCAAUGCAGCCACGUUCUAGAAUUAACAAACCUCGGUCUAUUGUCUAAAUUAAUGUUUGGUAAGGAACUCACAUGGGUUCAGUUCAGACAAAAUCCAUAUUAUUAUUGUACUUUGGAGGGUGUAGACAACAAGUUUUACUUUGAGAACAAAUUACAAUUGCAACAAGUUCACAAUCAUGAAGUAUUUAAAAACUGUGAUUAAAUUCCUCCAACAUUUCACUGAUUAAAUUGACCUGCUUGAGCACAAAAUCUGCUGGUUUCUUUUAGGUAGUAUUUUCCUCAGACCUACCAUAAAAGGCUCUCUUUGUAAUGAGUUUUAGAAGCCAUUUAGUCAAAACACAAAAACAUUCGUCAGAGAACAUCCUUCCUAAACAUUUCUAGGAAAACUAUAAUUUCAUAUUUGUAAAAACUAGCAAACACUAAAGCUGUAUUAAGUUUUAAGGGCAAGCCUGUCCAUAGGGUCCCAUGACAAAAUGGGCAAAUAAGCAUGUGUUUUAUGAUUGUUUCUACUUGCGCUUGCUUUGCUCUUAUUAACUGCACUUGGAUAAUGGAGGACAGGACAAUGGAUUAAUCUGACUUGUGAAUAUUUAAGAAUGAAGGGAAUG